AUGUUGGUAGCCCGAGAGUGCUGGACUGAGGCUGUGGAUCAAGGACAGGCAGUGGAUGUGUUGUUCAUCGACUUUUCUAAAGCCUUUGACACCGUACCUCAUUGCCGUCUUUUGUUUAAACUAGAAUCCUACGGCGUUUCAGGCCAAGUAUCGAAGUGGAUUUCGGCUUUCCUGGAAGGAAGGCAGAUGAGCGUCCGAGUGGGUUCCGGGCUGUCUUUCAGACAAGCCGUUCUGAGUGGUGUUCCUCAGGGGUCGGUUCUCGGACAUCUACUGUUUGCAUUGUAUGUCAAUGAUCUCCCUGAGAAGCUUAAGGUACCAUCCCUUAUGUUUGCGGAUGACUUAAAAUUUUGGAAUACAGUGAGCGGUUCUGUUGGGCCCACGGCUUUACAGACAGCUCUGGACAAGCUUUGGGAGUGGUCAGAAUUGUGGCAGCUGCCAGUCAAUCUUGCAAAGUGUUCGGUCCUGCGCAUAGGAUUAAGCACUUCCACAACUUCUUACGUACUUGGCGGAAAUGUAUUGCGUCAAGUGACUGAACAAACGGACUUGGGUAUCUCGUUAUCCUCUGACUUCAAAUCCAGCGAGAACUGGACAAAUGCUACCUGCAAGGGUUUCCGAAUGCUGUGGAUGAUCCGCAGGUCAUUCGGCAUUAUAACGAAUGAAAUGUUCGUUAUAUUGUUCUCAGCCUUCGUCAGGCCAUACUUGGAGUACUGCGUGCAGGCCUGUCUUCCAUGCUUGGUACGCGAUGACACUUGA